AUGUCCUCCUCUGCUCUGGCGUCCUCUUCCUCCUCGGUGUUCGUCUCUGAGCACGGCAGGACAAAAACAAAUCGUGGGAAGAGGAUGCAGCGGAACCAAUCUUGGAAAAAAAACGAUCGAUUCGUGCGCGUGAAGCAGCGGGGGAAGAAGAAUACGACGACGACGACGAUUCAGACGACGGAAACGAAAGCGGAAGCGACGACGAUGCGAGAACAACGGCGAAAAGACGAGCGACGGAGAGAACGGAGCAAAGAUUUCAACCUCUCGCCUUCGCACUCUGCGUCGGAACGGAAAAACUGGUUCCCAGUCGCGUUUAGCAAAAACGUCAAGUUUAAUCAGAUGAUCCCUUUUGAUUUGUUCAACGUGCCGUGGGUUUUAUUUCGAACGAAAGAAGGCGAAAUUGGAUGCGUGAAAGACGAAUGCGCGCACAGAGCGUGUCCGCUCUCGCUCGGGGUGCAAGUGGAAGAGGGGCACAUUCAGUGCGCGUACCACGGGUGGGAGUUUACCACGAGAGGGGAGUGCGUGAAGAUGCCGUCGUGUAAGACGGUGUUGAAAGGCGUGUACGUGGACGCGUUGAAGACGGUCGAGCACGACGGGAUGGUGUUUGUUUGGGCCGGGGAUGAGGGGGAGGAAGUGCCGGAUGAAAAGGAUCCCAGGCAUCCGACGAACUUGUACGUCGGGGAGAAGAGUUUACGAGCGCCGGGUGGAGGGAGCGUGAACGGGACGCCGUUUUUAACGUGCGCGGAGAUUGAGUUGGAGUUUGAAAACGAGUGCGACGUGCUGACCGAACGAUUGUUUACGUUGACGCAACGGGCGGUGAAUAAAGCGAAAUUGGUCGAGGAAAAGACGGGGAGUUUGGAGAAGAUUUUUGAUUUGGUGGACGUGAGCGCGCAAGUCGCCAAGGCUUUGCGAUGGGGGUGGCGGCCGGUACCGAACGAGAUUAAAUUUGUUCCGAGUAGCGCGUUGGUCAGUUCAAUUGAUAUUCAGAGGAUGUAUGGGGACUCUAUUCCUAGACGAGUGCAUCAAGUGCACGUGUGUUUACCGUCUAGACCGGGUAAGACGCGAGUUUUGUUUCGAAUGGCGUUGGAUUUUUUACCCGAAUCCGCGAUGGUGGCCGAUAAGGUUUGGGAGAACUUAGCGAGGCAAAUUUUGAAGGAGGAGUUGAACGACGUCGAGGAGUGCGAGAUUGACGGGGAGUGUCCGCUGAUGAGCGUGGACGAGGAAGAGGCGAUGGGGGAUUAUUUAAGUUACCGCUCCUCUCUGAAGAAAAAUAAUAGUUCAAGUAGUAGUAGGUCAUCUAGUAGCGGCGGUAAGGAAGAAGAAGAAAAAGAAGAAGAGGCGCAGUAG